AUGACGGAGAUAGCGAACGAGCAGGAUAGCGUAGGGUAUUAUCUACCUCAUCAUGCAGUGAUAAAGGAAGCAAGCUCGACCACAAAGCACGCGUUUGUUCUCAUAGCCGAUAUGGAAAAAAUGUAUAGGCAAAUUAUAGUUCAUCCAGACGACAGAAAAUACCAAAGAAUCCUAUGGCGCGAAUCGACGGCGGAAGCAAUCAAAACAUUUGAAUUGAAUACGAUCACUUACGGCACCGCUCCUGCACCCUUCUUAGCCACGCGUUCAUUGAAUCAAUUAGCUAAAGACGAAGCAAAAAAUUUCCCUGUAGCGGCAGAAAUAUUUACACGCGAUUUUUACAUGGAUGAUUUGCUUACGGGAGCAGACAGUUAUGAAACAGCAUUAGACAUCAAGCAGCAAUGCGUCGCGUUAGCUAGAGCCGGAGGUUUCCAUUUGCGACAAUGGACCUCCAAUGACACAAGGUUGAUUGCUGAUUUGCAACUUAAAAAUCAGCAACAAUCAUUAUGUCUAGAUCCGUCACAAACAAAAAAGACACUAGGCGUAUAUUGGAAUCCAGCGAAUGAUCAAAUUAGUUAUUCGUUCAAACAAAUAUCGCUAGAGCAAUCUCGCAUUACCAAAAGAGUGCUUCUAUCACAGAUUGCACAAUUGUUCGAUCCAAUCGGUUUGCUUGAGCCAGUAAUUAUCAAGGCAAAAAUCGUAAUGCAGCAAUUAUGGAAAUCGGCUGUCGACUGGGACGAACCUGUUCCCCAAAGAAUAGAACAAGCGUGGAUAGAGAUAAGAAACGAGUUACAUUUACUCAAUAGCUUUACACUUCCGCGUCGAACCGCCAUACAAAAUGCAGCAUCGCUCGAACUGCAUGGGUUCAGUGAUGCUAGCGAAAGCGCAUAUGGUGCAUGUAUAUAUAUCAGGUCCACUAACGAACGUGGACAACACGCAGUAAAUUUAUUAUGUGCAAAAUCAAGGGUUGCGCCCUUGAAAACAAUAUCGCUACCGCGUCUCGAACUUUGCGCGGCCAGGCUCCUUGUAAAAUUGUACAAGGAAGUUAGGAAGGCAUUGCAUAAGAUAGAGUUUAAACAAGUUAGAUUUUGGUCCGAUUCCACCAUCACGUUACAUUGGAUAAAAACACCACCACAUCUAUUAAAAACGUUCGUUGCCAAUCGGGUGAAUGAAAUACAAACGGAAGCUCGUCCGAACAAGUGGUUCCAUAUCGCAACAGCAGAUAACCCUGUAGACUUUGUUUCGAGAGGACAACUUCCCUCUCAGCUGUUGGAGAACACAAUGUGGAAAUUCGGCCCACAUUGGUUAGGGUGGCAAACCGAAUACUUGCAGGAGCUGCACACUAGGAGCAGAUGGCACCUUGGAGACGGAGUAAGCCUUAAAGAAGGAACUCUGGCGACCAUCCGAGAUGACAACUGCCAACCCUUGCAAUGGCAAAUGGGACGGAUAAUUGCGUUACACCCAGGCGAAGAUGGCGUGGUUCGCGUGGUCACCAUCCAGACCCCGCACGGCAUGUAUAAACGUGCCUUGAAGAAGGUGGCACCGUUACCAAUCGAAACUAACACCUAG